CUUGUCCACGUGUCCCCGUCUUCGCUUUCAAGAAGAGAAUAGAAGCACAAACAACAGAGAGAGUCCAUCCACCGCACAAAAACCCCCGAACUCCCACACCUUGUAGAGAGAGAAGUGAAGGUUUUUAAUUUUUUAUUAGCUGGUGGAGGAGGAGGAGGAAAGUUUAGGGUUUUUUCUUCUGUUUGGGGACUGGGAAAGUGUUUGAUUGUUGGAGGGGUUGUUGAAUUAGGGAAAUGUACAUAAGUUCUAUGCGAAAGUCGUUCAAGGACUCUUUGAAAGUGCUUGAGGCUGAUAUUCAACAUGCUAAUACACUGGCAUCAGAUUUCCCAAGGGAUUAUGAUGGUGCGUGCCUUCAGAUGAGAAUGUCAUACAGUCCAGCCGCACAUCUGUUCCUUUUUCUUGUGCAAUGGACGGAUUGCAACCUUGCAGGAGCCCUUGGACUGUUAAGAAUCCUUAUUUAUAAGGUUUAUGUGGACGGCACCACCACCAUGUCCACACAUGAAAGGAAAGCAAGCAUCAGGGAGUUCUAUGCAAUAAUUUAUCGCUCAUUACUCCAACUUCAAGGAGGCAUUAGUGACACUGAAGAUAAAAAGCAGAAGGCAGUAUGCAUGGAGAGGUAUCGAAGAAGAGAUGACGAGGACCGUAGACAGUACACUGAUGUAGAAAUUGAACGGGAAGAAGAAUGUGGGAUAUGCAUGGAGAUGAAUAGUAAGAUUGUAUUACCCAACUGCAACCAUGCCUUGUGCUUGAAAUGUUACCGUGAAUGGAGAUCAAGAUCCCAGUCAUGCCCCUUUUGCCGUGACAGUCUUAAAAGGGUGAAUUCUGGUGAUCUAUGGGUAUUUACUGACAGCAGGGACAUAAUCGACAUGGCAACAGUGACAAGAGAGAACCUUAGGAGGCUAUUCAUGUAUAUAGACAAGUUGCCUUUGAUUGUUCCAGAUAACCUUUUUGAUGCGUAUGAUUCUCACCUAAAGUAGGUUACUAGAGCAAUCUCAAAUUGCCUCUUCUGCAUCCCUUGCAUGAGUAAUUCCUCUAUGAUUCAGCCGUAAAGGCCGGAAUUGUUCUGGCAAAUUUAGAUCAGCCAGAACUCCCCAUUUCGAAUGAGAAGCAGCCGGCCUGAGCCUUCAUAGCGGAGGACAGUGGGUGAAGUUGUGAUAGUUCAUUUAGAAGUAUCUUAUAAAUUGUAUGUAACAAAUGUGUAUAUGCUCUGUAUAGCCUUGACGUUUGUCUGUGAAAAUGAAGAUGGAAAAAGAAUUUCCUCAUGUCCUUUGUUGAA